AGAAAUGCCGACUGUCACUGGCUCUGUAGGGUUAAUAAUUAUAUUCCAAUCUCUUGUUCAAGGAAAAAAUAUAUUAACAAAUACCAAUGAAGGAUUUUUAGAUAAGAAACAAAACAAAGAUUUCAAAGAUCUACCCUCGAUGAGCAAUCCAUCUUUAGAAUUUGAAGCUGUACAUCAGGAAUGGCAGAAUGAAGGUAUAAGAGAAACAGUUGAAGCAGAGAAGCAAAGAAUUCAGGUGGACUCAAUAUUUGGAAAUAGAAAAACCCUGCCAGAUAAGCAAGGACGUGAUGUUAGUUGUCAAGUGCUAGUUCUUGGUGCAGGUAUGGCGGGGGUAACUGCGGCUAGAACUCUAAGAAAACUUGGAAUAAAUGAUGUUAUGCUUGUUGAGGGAUCAAAUAGAAUUGGAGGGAGGGUCAAAGAUGUACAGUUUGGAGGUGUACAUGUAGAGGUUGGAGCUAACUGGGUUCAUUUCUCCCAAAUGGGUGAAAAUGAUACAAAUUCUGUAGAGGAGAUGUGUAAAUCUGGUGGUCUCAACAUGAUCCAGGAUCCAUACGAUGAUUAUAUAUUUAGGUAUGAGGGGAAGAAUGUGACUGCUGAGGCUAAUGAAGGAUUUGAACGCUAUGAAGAAGCACUGGAACAUGUUAGAACUAUAGGGGAGAGGAAGGAACAGUACGGUGAACCUGAUGUGAAUUUCCGCGUUGGAUUAUCCAUGGCGAGCUGGAGACCUUUAACCCCAGUAGAGAGAGCAGUGGAGUUCUUUAGCUUUGAUUUCGAGUUCGGAGAGGAACCUGAGGAAACAGGACUCAGGAGCAAUUAUCAAGUGCUGAAAGAACACAAGAGACUGGACCAGUUUGUAUCUGACAAGAGAGGUUACAGUCAAAUUAUCCAUAAUAUGGUGGAAAAGGAUCUGGAUUUGAAGGAAAAUGUGAACUUUUUCUUAAAUGAUUAUGUUCGAGAAAUUCACUAUAACGAACCCGGGGAAAAAAAGAUACGUGUUAAAACAAAGAACAAAAAGGAUGGAUCAAUAAAUAUUUACAGAGCUGAUUAUGUAAUUGUAACAUUUAGUAUCGGAGUUUUAGCAUCAAACUUUGUAAAGUUUGAACCUAAACUGCCAAUCUGGAAAGAAGAGAUAAUGUAUAUGUACCAGAUGGUCAGGUAUAUCAAGAUAUUUGUCAAGUUUCCCUCAAACAUUACAGCUUUCUGGGAUGAUAACCACUAUAUCAUGUAUGUCGACCCAACUCAACGGGGAAAUUACCAGAUCUGGCAAAACCUUGAAUCGAGGGGUAAAUAUUUCCCGACAGGAACCAACCUUCUUCUAGUCACAGUUCUAGGAAAUAACUGGGAAAGAGUUCAACAUCUUACCAAAAAUCAAAUCAAACAUGAACUUUUUGCUGUCCUGAGGAAUAUGUACGGAGAUAAAGCUGUAGAACCUGAGGAUAUUUUGAUCCCAGACUGGAACCAUAAUCCUCUUUUCUUCGGAUCAUAUUCAAACUGGCCAAUAGGGGUGACAAAAAAUACCUUUAAAAACUUAGCCGCUCCAGUUGGAAGAUUAUAUUUUGCAGGUGAAGCAUGUAGCGAGGAUUUCCCAGGCUAUCUUCACGGAGCUGUACAAAGGUAUUUUUAGACAACAUUUUAUUUUUUCUCUUUUUGUGACUUAAAAAAUAUAAU